UGCCUAGUAACGCGUACAGCCGAACAUGGCGAAGGUGAUCGGAACGCCUGUGGAGAAGAACCUGUGGCAGGAGAUCUGCGCAGAAUUUGAAGCAAACAGUUCUCGCAUAUUUGAGGAUCCAAAAUUGGAUGCAGCCUCUGUGUCUACAGAAAUUUCUCAGUACGAUGCCAGCAAACAUUCCCCUGUCUUUUAUGGUCAUAUGGUAGCAAAGGUUUCAGUGGAUACUUCGUUGUUAGAACACUUCAAUCCUGAAUAUUCUCAUCCAGCACUUUUGGGUCAUGCAGUUGUUCAGAAACCUCCACUCCCUUUAAGUCCAUCCCCUCCUCCACCUCCUUCACCACCUGAUCCAAGAACAUGUUCCCCAAGACAAUAUUUGGAACACUACAUAUUCCCAGUGCUUCUCCCAGGUUUGUUUGAAACCCUUACACAAGCUAAAAAGGAGAAAUGUUUUGAGAGAAAAAGGACCAAGUUCAAUGCUUGUGACUUUCUGGCAGAAUGGUUGUACAACAACAAUCAAAGCAGAUUUGGCAAGGAAUUCGUUGGCUUCUUUGAAAUUCCCUUCGUUAAAAAUUGGCUUCAGGAUCAUCCUCGGCCGCCAAUCCCUCUGUCUCUUUUGUUGUCAGAAGAUGAAGCAGCUCUUGUAAUUCAGUCCUUCUGGAGAGGAUAUAGGGUUCGCUGUGAAUCAGAGAUACAGGAGCUUCGCCAGUGGCAAAGAGAAUUGAGAGAAGAAAACAGAGGUUAUACUAAAAAGAUCAUUAAAUUUUGGGCUGAACAGGAAUUUAAAGUUGGACAGAAAAUGGAGGAAGAGGAAAUUGAAGAGUCAAUGAUUACCCCUGCUGAAGUACCUGUUAAAGUUCCUACUCCAUCUUGUAAUUAAAUGUCACAUGACUUCUUUUCUUAAUAGGAGUUUUUCUUCC